AAUGGUACGCGAGCAAACUCGAAGAGCAAGCAAGUAUUUUCCGGGCUUUAAAUAGUUUUUUGGAAGAGCAGUUGGAGUUGGUGAAGCUUGUUGGCUGUUGCCCACAGUUAUUUGAAUGCAAUACUGUGCAUUACAUUUAAUUUUGUUCGGACAUUUACAUUUUAUUUCCAUAUAUGUAAAGUAUUUAUACACACUAGGAUCGAGACUGGGUGGUGAAACCUCGAACUUGUAAACACAAUGUCGACAGCUAAUUUACCGGGAGAGGGCACAAGAAACGAACACGUCAAAGUGACCAGCCGGAUAAAGCCUGGAAUCCUCGACCGUCUGAGCGAGACUGCAGGCGGGAUGGUAGUGGGGGUCGGGCUUUUUGCGCUCUCCUUUUACAUACUCUUUACCAACGAGGGUCGGGCGCUUAAAACGGCCACCUCACUUGACGAGGGCCUUUCUCAGGUGGUGUCUUUGCAGGACAUCGUCACAGUGGACCCUGAGAAUGAAGGCAGGUUGGUGCAUCUGUCUGGGGUCCUGAGAACAUCACAGCCACUGUAUGAUCCCAACUAUGGGAUUUCCAUCCAUGCUGUCAAACUAAAGCGGCAAGUUGAAAUGUACCAGUGGGUGGAAUAUGAUGACAGCCGGGAAUAUGAAGAAGAUGGUGAAGUAAAGACAGAGACCAAAUACACAUACAAUACUGAGUGGAAAUCGGAAGUCAUCAACAGCAGGAAAUUUGACAAAGAGCUUGGCCACAUCAACCCCAGUGCUAUGGCUGUGGAGUCUGUCACUGUCGUAGCUCCUUAUGUUUCUGUAGGCCCUCUGUAUCUCUCCACAGGUUUGAUAGAGAAGGUGGACACCUUUAAACAGCUGAGUCUGGACAGGCUGUCGGCUCCUGAUGAGUUUGUCACUGUAUAUGAGGAUUCCUUCUACCACACAGACAACCCCCGGAGACCAGAGGUGGGAGAUGUGAGAGUGUCAUUCUACUAUGCUGGACUGAGUGGAGAGAACAGCCCUCUGGGCCCUGCUCAGGUGGUCAGUAUUGUUGCUCGUCAGAGAAAAGAUCAGCUGGUUCCCUUCAAAACCAAGUCUGGGGAUGUCCUGGAGAUCCUGUACGAAGGAGCUCUUUCAGCACAGGAGGUGUUUGUUAAGGAACACGGGAGCAACCAAAUGAAGACAUGGGCCCUGCGAGCAGGGGGUUGGCUGAUGAUGUUUCUUGGGAUCAGUCUGAUGACCAGAAUCCUCCACACUAUUGUGGACUGGUUCCCGAUUGUGCGUGAUCUGGUGAGCCUUGGCCUCAGGAUCUUUGCUGUGUCCGUGGCCACCUCUCUCUCCCUGCUGACCAUUGCUACAGGCUGGCUGUUUUACCGGCCACUGUGGGCUGUGAUGCUGGCUGGACUGGCCACAGUGCCGAUCAUCCUCACCCGGGCCAGAGUACCUCCAAAGAAGCACCAAUAGCCAGCCAGGGACAAGAGAUGAAAAUGUAACCAAAGAAAAAGGGAAAGUUUUUUUUUUUUUUUUAAUGCUGUACACACCUGUUGAGAAUAAUUUAGGACUCCCACUGCUGUUCUGUCAUGUGAGCCUUAUAUGCAAGUCACUCUUGUGUCUAAUUUAAGCUUGUGCUAAAAUUGAGAAUAGCUCAAACUACACUGCAUUCGGGACCCUAAAUUUUACCCUGCCAUGUUAAAAUGAAUGUGUGGUCUGUUUACCGUAGAAGAAUCACAUCUUCAUGGAUUCUGCCAAUUAGAAACAUUCCUCCUUGUAUUCUCUUAGUGCCUUAUGUUUAUCUGUUGUAUCAUGAAAUCCUCAGAUGGACUGAAUUAGUUUAACUUAGAUAAGUCCUUUAUUUUUGAAUUACUUUACUUAAGAAACACUAGCUAGUGUUUUAUUUUGUGUGUCAUUUAAAUGUUCUGCGGUGAUUUCUUUAAGCACUAUAGUUUCCCAUCCUAAUUCAUGUAAUAAGCAUUUCUACAAGUUUAAAAGACCAAUAAAUACAAAGUGAAAAGUUUAUUUUUUUAAGUCAUUUGUGGUUGACUAUACAAUCUCAAAACAAUGUUUGUAACCUGUGUAAAAUAAAAAAAAGUAAUUACA